AUGGCCGCCGCCGCCGCCGCCGACCAGCAGCACGGCCGCGUCGACAAGGACAAGGAGAAGGAGCUCCUCUCGUCGGUGGUGGACGACAUCCGCUGCUACUCCGGCUCCGACCCCCUCCGCCCAUGGCUCAGGGGGAUCCGGAGGCUGGAGGGGGCGCUGCCGCCGGCGACGCUGCGGGAGAAGCUGCCGAGGUUCCUCCAGAAGUGCGCCGAGGAGUUCCAGGACGAGCCCCGCUACCGCGACGACCCGCGGUACCUCCGCGUCUGGAUCCAGAUGAUGGACUACGUGAAGGAUGCAAAGCCAUUGCUGAAGAAGUUGGAGAGGAACAGGAUCGGACUCAAGAGAGCUGCGUUUUAUAUGGCUUACGCGUUAUAUUAUGAGAAGCGUAGGAGGUUUCAGGAUGCAGAGAAGAUGUACCGCGUGGGAAUCCAAAUCCUUGCAGAGCCUAUCGAGGAGUUACAGAAAUCACAUGAUCAGUUUAUCUAUCGAAUGGAAUUAUACCAGAAGAGGAAAGAUAAACUGCAGGAAGGAAUGCCUAGCAGAGUUAAGCCACUUGGUACAUGUGCAAACCAAGUUGAAGGCCAAAGAAGAAAUUGUACAGAACUGAAGUCCAAUCCAAUGCAAAAAUUGGGAAGCGCUUCGAAUUCUUCAUUGUGUCGUUAUCCUUCAGUAGGUCAUGCUAAAGAUGGUGUGCUAUCGAGAGGCACCUCAGGCGAUAACAAGUAUUUGCCUCGCUGUAAUAGUGAUGACACUGUAGUUGUACGAUUUGUGGGCUCUGCAUUGGUUGGAAAGUCAGAAACUGAAGAUGCUUGUCAUCAUGGCCUUGUUGAACCAACUAUAAACAUGAAGGAGGCUAUGCAGGAUAUCAAUAGCAUGUUUCUAGAGCCAGUGGAACCAGAGACAAUGCUAAAGAAGCGCUCAAAGCGUGGUCAACCAAAGUUUAAUCAGCAGGCAGGAGCACUUCAUAUCUUUGUCGAUGAAGAACAACCUAACAGUAAUGAGCCAAGCAUUCUCCAUGACAAGAAUGCAAAGUCAGAUCAUCCAAUGUUCAAUCAACAAGCAAGUGCAUUUGAUAUAUUUGUUGAUGAAGAUGGUCCUAAUGAUAACAACCAAAAUGUGGGCCGAAACAGGAAUAGUAACAAGGAAAACAAUCAGAAAACUACUGGGUUGGGAAUCUUUAUUGAUGAAAAUGGGCCGAAGGGCAAUGGCCAAAAUGCCAUGUGCCACAAGAACACGAGGGGUCCUCCGAGACCAUUGCGUGAGUCAUCAAGACAGCAGGACCUAGGUGACUUUCAAAAGCCAUUUGUGGGAGGGUUUGCAAUAUUCGCUGAUGAUGAAGAUGAACAAUGUGAGAACAAUUAUGACGGUUCUAGGAUAAAUUCCAGAAGUGGGCAUUCUGCUCACAAUAAGGAUACUUUGCUCCAUCCAGAACAAGCUAAUUCAGAAACAAGAAAUGGGGAAUAUGAGAAUCCUUUAAUGACUGGACUUGGAGAAGACACAAUCAUUCAUAGAUUUGUCGGAUCUGCUGUUGUUGAUGAGCCUAAAGUGGAAAAUGCAUGCCAUCAUGGGUUAGUUGAUCCAACUAUUAAUCUGAAGGAGGCUAUGGAUGAUAUAAAUAACAUGUUUGGCAAACCACUGAACUUCAAGGAUGGUAAAAGACUGAACAGGAAAACCAAUGCUGUACCAGAGAGAAAAGCAGCUCCCAUUUCUGGUUUCUCCAUAUUAUCUGAUGAUGACCUUAGCAACAACCCUGCUGCUAAAGACAAACACAUUUCUGGUUUCUCCAUAUUAUCUGAUGAUGAUCUUAGAAAAGACUCUGCUGCUAAACUGAAACCCAAUAAUUCCUGUAAAUUUGGAUCUGAGAGUGGUCUAUUUGAGCCAACUAUUACCACCCGCGAUGUUAUGUCGGAGAUCAAUGAUAUGUUUGGAAUGUCACUUGACUUCUAAGGCACUUGCUUAUAGGGAAUCUAAUUACUCAACAGGAGCAGAUGUAAAGAAGAUGUUACGAGAUCACCCCUCUGGUGAUCCAGGGCGCAGGAGCCAGGACUGAAAACAGGCCUGUAUGAAGAGUUCUCACCGAUAAAAUAAUUCUCCAGGAUCUUUUCCACAAAACAGAGAUGCUUAGCUUCCAAAUCUUGGUUUAGCACCAGGCCAAUGAGAGUGUCACACCAGUAUAAGCUUAUUUGUUUCCUCACGACAUGAGGCCAUAGAACAUUUCGUUCACCCAACCUCUGUAUUUAUAUGUUGCAAAUUUUGCACAUCUGUCAGUUCAUCAUAUUUUUGUCUAUCACUGAAGAUGGUGCUGACAGUCCAGUAUCAAAAUCUGUCUCCACGUCACUUGAGUUUGUACUGUUUUGUAUCACAGGAGUUUUACAGGAAUCAGAUUAAAAAAUAAUAUAUUAAA